AAUGUUUACGUUAACUUGGGAUAAGAUAUAACGAUUAUAUCCUAUAUAUACGCGAAAUGUGAUGCUGAUGUAUAGUAGCUCUUCUGGUCUCCAUACGUGAGUCGUUCUUAUACUUUCUGGAGAGAAACUUGUAUCUUCGUUUCUGAUUCUGAUAAACACACACACAUAGAGAGAGAGAGAGAGAGAGAAAAUGGGGGGAGAAAAUGGAGAAUCAGAAUCAUCAGGAGUGAGGAGGAGAUCUCGGUUUUGUUCAUGCACAAAGGACGAUUUUCUCCCCGAGGAAUCGUUCAGGAGCUGGGGCAACUACGUGAAUGCGCUGAAACAGACUCCGUCGCGGCUGGUGGAUCGGGUUUUGAGCCGCUCCGACGACAAGGCGGAGCUGGCCGCCAAGUCCCGGAGCAACCACGACAUGAAGAAGAGUCUCACAUGGUGGGAUCUGAUAUGGUUCGGCAUGGGGGCCGUGAUCGGCGCCGGAAUAUUCGUUCUCACCGGACUGGAGGCGCGGGAUGAUGCUGGACCCGCCGUUGUCCUCUCUUACGUCGUCUCCGGUAUCUCUGCUUUGCUCUCUGUCUUCUGCUAUACUGAGUUCGCCGUCGAGAUCCCUGUUGCAGGUGGUUCAUUUGCGUAUCUAAGGGUAGAGUUAGGUGACUUUGUGGCCUUCAUAGCCGCCGGAAACAUCCUUCUGGAAUAUGUGAUCGGCGGAGCGGCAGUGGCUCGGUCCUGGACAUCUUACUUGGCCACUCUCUGCAACCAGCAUCCCGAUUCUUUUCUCAUCAAAGCUCAUUCUUUAGCAGAAGGCUAUAACAAGCUCGACCCCAUUGCCGUUGGAGUUUGCAUAAUCAUCUGUUUCUUAGCAAUUCUCAGCACAAAGGGCUCUUCUCGCUUCAACUACGUUGCCAGUAUCGUCCACAUAAUCGUCAUUUUGUUCAUCAUAGUAUGUGGCCUCAUCAAAGCCGAUACCACCAACUAUACACCCUUUGCGCCGUUUGGUCCCCGGGGGGUUUUCAAGGCGGCGGCUGUGCUGUUUUUUGCGUAUGUGGGUUUCGAUGCGGUUUCCACCAUGGCGGAGGAGACCAAGAACCCGGGGAGAGAUAUUCCGAUUGGGUUGGUGGGGUCGAUGGUGAUUACAACCACUAUUUACUGCUUGAUGGCGGUCACUCUGUGUUUGAUGCAGAAGUAUGAUAGUAUUGAUGAAAGUGCACCGUUCUCGUUGGCUUUCAGGAGUGUUGGGUGGUCGUGGGCUCAGUACUUGGUUGCUUUUGGGGCUUUGAAAGGGAUGACCUCUGUGUUGCUGGUGAGUGCAGUUGGGCAAGCGCGGUAUCUAACCCACAUUGCGCGAACCCACAUGAUGCCGCCCUGGUUCUCCCAUGUUAAUGCCAAGACUGGGACUCCCGUGAACGCCACCGCUACAAUGAUGUUUGCCACUGCGGUGAUUGCCUUGUUCACGAAGCUCGACAUUCUGGCCAACCUCCUCUCCAUCUCCACGCUCUUCAUCUUCAUGCUCGUGGCGCUUGCUCUCCUCGUGCGCCGCUACUAUGUCGCUGGGGUCACUAUGCCCCACGACCGCCACAAGCUCAUCCUCUGCAUCUUCCUCAUCCUUGCGUCUUCGAUAGCCACGGCUGCUUACUGGGGUUUGAGUGAAGACGGGUGGAUUGCCUACUGUAUAACGGUUCCGGUAUGGUUCCUGGCAACCGCGGGGCUUUAUUUCUUCGUUCCUCAUGCUCGCAAUCCUAUGCUGUGGGGGGUGCCUCUGGUGCCCUGGCUGCCGUCUUUGUCCAUUGCCAUCAACAUUUUCCUCCUUGGCUCCAUAGAUAAACAAUCUUUCGAGAGGUUUGGUAUUUGGACUGCUAUUCUUCUGCUUUACUACCUCUUCUUUGGCCUUCAUGCAUCAUAUGACACUGCAAAGGAAGUAGAAAAGAAUCAAGGGCUUGGGAAGAUUGAGGAGGGAGAUAAUGCCCCUUCUGCUCCAAAUUCCCCUCAAAAUUAGUAGUCUGCAGCUAAAUAUAAUCUCCAAUUGUGCUGUCCAAUCUCCACACAUUGUUUCUUAUAUCAAGGAUUCAUUAUUAAAAUUUCAGUUGUGUACA